AUGGAGGGUCUGCUCUUCAACGUCAACAAUGGGUACAUAGAGGGUAUUGUUCGCGGCUACAGGAAUGGUCUUCUUACCGGGUCGAACUAUGCAAACAUGACGCAAUGCGAAAACGUCGAUGACCUCAAACUACAGCUCGGUCCCUCAUACGGCGACUUUCUUGCAUCGCUGCCCCCGAACCCAUCAACGUCUGCUCUAGCCGCCAAGGCGACAGACAAACUCGUCUCCGAGUUCCGAUAUGUUCGUGCAAACGCCGUGGGCUCUCUUGCCCAGUUCAUGGACUACCUCACUUACGGCUACAUGAUCGACAACGUCGCACUCUUGAUCACUGGUACCCUUCAUGAGAGGGACACCAGGGAACUCUUGGAGCGCUGCCACCCGCUGGGAUGGUUCGAGACGAUGCCGGUGCUCUGCGUGGCGACAAACAUUGAGGAGCUAUACAACAGCGUGCUUAUCGAGACGCCGCUGGCCCCCUACUUCAAGAACAGCUUGAGCCAUACCGACUUGGAUGAGCUCAACAUCGAGAUUGUCAGGAACACCCUGUACAAGAACUACCUGGAGGAUUUCCACAACUUUGUCAACACUCACCCCGACAUGGCUGGCACGCCGACCGCCGAGGUCAUGUCCGAAAUCCUCGAAUUCGAAGCUGACCGUCGUGCCAUCAAUAUCACUCUGAACUCUUUUGGCACUGAGCUUACCAAGGAGGAUCGCAAGAAGCUCUACCCGACUUUUGGCCGUCUGUACCCUGAGGGCACUUUGAUGUUGUCACGUGCCGAUGACCUGGACGGCGUUCGGUUGGCUGUUGACGGUGUUUCAGACUACAAGACCUUCUUCGACACUGCCGGACUUAGUGGCGGUCUCUCUGGGCCUGGGAACAUGGGUGGAGGCCAGGGCGGUUCUGAAGGCAAGAGUCUGGAGGACAUGUUCUACCAAAAGGAGAUGGAGAUCUCCAAGAGCGCGUUCACAAGGCAGUUCACUUUCGCCAUAGUAUACGCUUGGGUGAAGCUCAGAGAACAGGAGAUCCGAAACAUAACCUGGAUUGCCGAGUGCAUUGCGCAGAACCAGAAGGAGCGCAUCGGCAACUAUAUCAGCGUCUUUUAG